UGCUCCGGGGCAGCGGCGGCCGCGGUGCCGUGCGGGGCCAUGGCGGCCCCGGACAGCUGCGUGAAGGUGGCCGUGAGGAUCCGCCCUCAGCUGCCCAAAGAGAAGAUAGAGGGAUGUCACAUCUGUACCUCAGUGACCCCUGGCGAGCCCCAGGUGCUGCUGGGCAAGGACAAGGCCUUCACCUAUGACUUUGUCUUUGACCUGGACACGUGGCAGGAGAGGAUCUACACCACGUGCAUGGGGAAGCUCAUCGAGGGCUGCUUCGAGGGCUACAAUGCCACUGUGCUGGCCUACGGGCAGACUGGAGCAGGGAAGACCUACACCAUGGGCACUGGCUUUGACAUGAGCAUCUCCGAGGAGGAACAGGGCAUCAUCCCGCGGGCCAUCAGCCACCUCUUCAGCGGCAUCGAGGAGCGGCGGCGCGCGGCGCAGAGCCAGGGCCUGGCAGCGCCCGAGUUCAAAGUCAGCGCCCAGUUCCUGGAGCUGUACAACGAGGAGAUCCUGGACCUGUUUGACAGCACCCGCGACCCCGACUCGCGCCACCGCAAAUCCAACAUCAAAAUCCACGAGGAUGCCAGCGGGAGCAUCUACACCACGGGGGUCACCUCACGCCUCAUCAGCUCCCAGGAUGAGCUGAUCCAGUGCCUAAAGCAAGGAGCUUUGUCCCGCACCACAGCCAGCACCCAGAUGAACGUGCAGAGCUCCAGAUCCCAUGCCAUCUUCACUAUUUACCUGUGCCAGACGAGAGUGUGUGCCCGCCCAGAGCUGGUGAAUGAGGAGGUGAGCAGCCUUCUGGAUGGAUCCCAACCUGCUGCUGAAUAUGAGACCUUGACAGCCAAGUUUCACUUUGUGGACCUGGCUGGCUCGGAGAGGCUGAAGCGGACGGGUGCCACGGGCGAGAGAGCCAAGGAGGGCAUCUCCAUCAACUGUGGGCUGCUGGCCUUGGGGAACGUCAUCAGUGCCCUUGGAGACCAGAGCAAGAAGGUUGUGCACGUGCCCUACCGCGACUCCAAGCUCACCCGCCUGCUGCAGGAUUCCCUCGGGGGCAACAGCCAAACCAUCAUGAUUGCCUGCGUGAGCCCCUCCGACCGGGAUUUCAUGGAGACCCUGAACACGCUCAAGUACGCCAACCGCGCUCGCAACAUCAAGAACAAGGUGGUGGUGAACCAGGACAAGACGAGCCAGCAGAUCAGCGCCCUGCGCGCCGAGAUCGCCCGGCUGCAGAUGGAGCUCAUGGAGUACAAGGCAGGCAAGCGUGUGAUCGGGGAGGAUGGCACGGAGGGCUACAGCGACCUGUUCCGGGAGAACGCCAUGCUGCAGAAGGAGAACAGCGCGCUGCGCAUGCGCGUCAAGGCCAUGCAGGAGGCCAUCGACGCCAUCAACAGCAGGGUCACCUACCUCAUGAGCCAGGAGGCCAACAUGAUGCUGGCCAAAGCAGGUGACGGGAACGAAGCCAUCGGCACCCUGAUCCAGAACUACAUCCGGGAGAUUGAGGAGCUGAGGACGAAGCUGCUGGAGAGCGAGUCCAUGAACGAGUCCCUGCGGCGCAGCCUCUCGCGGGUCUCUGCACGGGGCCCAUUCCCCGUGGGCUCCUCACCGGGCCCGGGCCUGGCUGGGAUCUGCAGCCCCGCGGCCACCCUGGACACCGAGGCCUCCGACGUGCUCCGACGGGCCAAGCAGGACCUGGAGCGCCUCAAGAAGAAAGAGCGGCGGCAGCAGAGGAAGAGCCCAGAGAAGGAGGCGUUUAAGAAGAGGCAGAAACUGCAGCAGGACAAUGGGGAGGAGACGGAUGAGAACGAGGUGGAAGAGGAGGAGGAAGAACAGGAUGAGAGUGGCUGUGAGGAAGAGGAUGGGCGCGAGGAUGAAGAUGAGGACUCGGCCAGCGAAGAGAGCCUGGUGGACUCGGACUCGGAUGCAGAGGAGAAGGCUGUGAAUUUCCAGGCCGACCUGGCAGAUCUGACCUGUGAGAUUGAGAUCAAGCAGAAGCUGAUUGAUGAGCUGGAGAACAGCCAGCGGCGGCUGCAGACCCUCAAGCACCAGUAUGAGGAGAAGCUGAUCUUGCUGCAGAACAAGAUUCGGGACACGCAGCUGGAGCGGGACCGGGUCCUGCAGAACCUCAGCACCAUGGAGUGCUACACCGAGGAGAAAGCCAACAAGAUCAAGGCAGACUACGAGAAGCGGCUGAAGGAGAUGAACAGGGACCUGCAGAAGCUGCAGGCAGCCCAGAAGGAGCACGCUCGCCUGCUCAAGAACCAGAGCCGCUACGAGCGGGAGCUGCGCAAGCUGCAGGCAGAGGUGGCCGAGAUGAAGAAGGCAAAGGUGGCGCUGAUGAAGCAGAUGCGGGAGGAGCAGCAGCGGCGCCGCCUGGCCGAGACCAAGAGGAACCGGGAGAUCGCGCAGCUCAAGAAGGAGCAGCGCCGGCAGGAGUUCCAGAUCAGGGCUCUGGAAUCUCAGAAGCGACAGCAGGAAAUUGUGCUGCGGAGGAAAACGCAGGAGGUGUCAGCGCUGCGCCGUCUGGCCAAGCCCAUGUCCGACAGGGUGGCGGGCAGGACGGGCCCCAAGCCGCCCAUGCUGGACUCGGGGGCCGAGGUCUCGGCCAGCACCACCUCCUCCGAGCCCGAGAGCGGCGCUCGCUCCGUCUCCAGCAUCGUGCGCCAGUGGAACAGGAAAAUCAACAACUUCCUGGGAGACUCCUCGGCCUCCAUCAACGGGGCUCGGCCUGCCAGGAAGAAGUUCCCCAAGAAGGGGUCGAGCCAGACCUUCAGCAAAGCUGCCCGCCUCAAGUGGCAGUCGCUGGAGCGGCGCAUCUUCGACAUUGUCAUGCAGAGAAUGACCAUUGUCAACCUGGAGGCUGACAUGGAGAGGCUCAUCAAGAAACGUGAGGAGCUGUCGCUGCUGCAGGAGGCGUUGCUGGGCAAGCGGGCAAAGCUGCAGGCAGAGAGCCCCAAGGAGCAGAAGGGUCUGCAAGAGCUGAACGAGGAGAUUGAGGUCCUGGGGGCCAACAUUGACUACAUCAACGACAGCAUUUCAGACUGCCAGGCCACCAUCAUGCAGAUUGAGGAGACCAAGGAGGAGCUGGACUCCACGGACACCUCGGUGGUGAUCAGCUCCUGCUCCCUGGCCGAAGCCCGGCUGCUGCUGGACAACUUCCUGAAAGCCUCCAUUGACAAGGGGCUGCAGGUGGCCCAGAAGGAGGCGCAGAUCCGGCUGCUGGAGGGGCGCCUGCGGCAGACAGACGUGGCCAACUCCUCACAGAACCACGCCCUGCUGGAUGCCCUGAGGGAGAAGGCUGAGUCCCACCCCGAGCUGCAGGCACUGAUCCACAACGUCCAGCAAGAGAAUGGCUACACCAGCACAGAUGAGGAAGUUUCAGAGUUCAGCCUGGCCUCAGAUGGGAGCAUCUCCCAGUCUUUCACCAUGAAGGGCUCAGCAAGCCAGGAUGACUUCAAGUUCAAGGGGGAGCCCAAGCUUUCGGGGCAGAUGAAGGCAGUGUCAGCUGAGUGUCUGGGACCCACGCUGGACGUGUCCACCAAGAACAUCACCAAGUCCUUGGCGUCCCUCAUGGAGAUCAAGGAGGACGGGAUCGGCUUCUCCAUCCGGGACCCCUAUUACAAGGAGAAGGUGUCACGGACCAUCAGCCUGCCCACCCGGGGCAGCACCUUUCCCAGGCAGUCCCGGGGCUCGGACACCUCGCCCCUGACCCGGCGGAAAUCCUACGACCGUGGGCAGCCUGCCAGGCCUGCAGACAUCGGCUUCACACCGCCCUCCUCCCCACCCACCCGUCCGCGCAACGACCGCAACGUCUUCUCCCGUCUCACGAGCACCCAGAGCCAGGGAUCUGCCUUGGACAAGGGCAUCAUCAACCCGGUGGGUGGCACCAAGAAUGCCCGGACAGCCCCUCUGCAGUGUGUCUCAGUGGCAGAGGGACACACCAAGCCUGUGCUCUGCCUGGAUGCCACCGAUGAGCUGCUCUUCACGGGCUCCAAAGACCGCAGCUGCAAGAUGUGGAACCUGGUGACAGGCCAGGAAAUCGCCUCUCUCAAGGGCCACCCCAACAAUGUGGUUUCCAUCAAGUACUGCAGCCACACGGGGCUGGUGUUCACCGUGUCCACGUCCUACAUCAAGGUGUGGGACAUCCGCGACUCCGCGCGCUGCGUCCGCACCCUCACGUCGUCGGGCCAGGUGAUCUCUGGGGACGCGUGUGCCGGGACCAGCAGCCGCACGGUCACCAGCGUGCAGGGCGAGCACCAGAUCAACCAGAUCGCGCUCAACCCCGCGGGCACCGCGCUCUACGCGGCCGCCGGCAACGCCGUGCGCGUCUGGGAGCUCAGCAGGCUGCAGCCCGUGGGGAAGCUGAGCGGCCACAUCGGGCCCGUGAUGUGCCUGACAGUGAGCCAGACCCCGAGCAACCACGACCUGGUGGUCACAGGCUCCAAGGAUCACUAUGUCAAGGUGUUUGAGAUCACGGAGGGCAUGGUGGGCAAUAUCAGCCCCACGCACAACUUCGAGCCCCCUCACUAUGAUGGCAUCGAGUGCCUGGCCAUCCAGGGAGAUGUCCUCUUCAGUGGCUCCAGGGACAACGGCAUAAAGAAGUGGGAUCUGGAGCAGCAGGAACUUAUCCAGCAAAUCCCCAAUGCCCACAAGGACUGGGUGUGUGCCCUGGCCUUCAUCCCCGGGCGCCCCAUGGUGCUGAGCGCCUGCCGAGGAGGCGUCAUCAAGGUGUGGAACGUGGACAACUUCACCCCAGUGGGGGAGAUCAAGGGCCAUGACAGCCCCAUCAAUGCCAUCUGCACCAACUCCAAGCACAUCUUCACUGCCUCCAGUGACUGCCGGGUAAAGUUAUGGAAUUACGUGCCUGGGCUCACCCCUUGCCUUCCACGACGCGUCCUUGCCAUAAAGGGCCGUGCUACUAGUCUGCCUUGACCCUCCUGCUCUUGACUCUCUUGCUCAUAUGCUCCUCUUCUGUCUCUCCUUCCCUUUUCUCUCCAUCUCUCCCCUCUCUCUGUCCCUCUCACUGUUGCUUUUGCUCCUCUCUCUCUUUCCCUCCCCCCCCGUUUUUUCUCUGGUCUGAGCUGCUUCUUCACGGUAUGAAACUAUUCUGAGUUUUUCCCCACUUGAUAAGUCUUUGUUAGAAUGGACUCACCCCCUUGGCCCAGUCAUCCCCUGCCUUGGUUUCACUUCUUUUUGGUUUUUUUUCCUCGCCAAGUGCCCACAUCUACUUUGGCACCUCAGUGGGAAGCCAUGGCCUGCCCGUGCCUUUGCAUGGAUAGUGGGUUGGGAGUCAGCAGCCACCCCCAAAUCAGCCCAUGCCCCAGGAGCAAAGCAGCUCCCUGGAUUUCACUGCUGGAGCUCAUUCAGGGCGGGUAGGAGUCCUGGUGUGGGAUCACCCUUUCCCUUUGUCCCCAGCUGCUGCCAGAGGGGUGAGCUGGAGGCUGAGCCCCAUUGGGUUUGCCUUCUCCCCAAAGUGCACCAGACAAUUCCUGCCAAGGGAGAAGGGCCUGGAAGCUUGGGGGGCUGCAUGCUGCCGUGCUGGGGAGGGGAGGGCAGUGAGCACCCUGUGGGCAGUGCUGUGGGGCUCCUGCCCCAACCCCUGGGUCAUGCUGUCCCUCUCACCUUUGCUCCUCAGCGACUUGACAGUGAAGCUCUGGAGUGGGAGGAGGUUGCCUGCGGGGUCAAACUAGGAACUGCACAGAGACUGCAAGGCGUGGGCAGGGUGAGGGGCAGGGCACCUCCCCUGCUCUCAGUGAGGACUCAGCCACCCACAGGAGCUCAGCCCAGCACAGGGGUUUCUUUGUGCCUGACCCAACGGGGUGGACAAUGCUGCAUCUGGUACUGUGGUCAGCUCCUGUGAGGAAGCAGCUCUGUGGGGCAGCAGCAGCUCCACCUGCCCUCCUGCUGAGGUUUCUGAUGGUUCUCCAGUGAACAGGAAAUGUUUCAUCUCUCACCCAUCCUGCUGUAAGGACUUUGGGGGUCAGAGGUCCCUGACUCCUCAGAGACACCCAGCUCCCUCCUGCCAUGGCUCUGCCGGGCUGUGCUGCUCCUGGGCUGGUUCCUGCAGGAGUCUUCUCCACUCCACGAGGACAUUUGGUGUCUGCUGGCCAGGACCACCACACAGAGGAUGCUUCUCUGGAGCCAUUACUUGUGAGACACCUCUGCUGUGGGGACUGCAGAAGGAUUUCCUGGUACUCCCAGCCUUCCCUUUCCUGUGUGGACGUGUCCCCAGUGGUUGGAGGGUGCUCUGAGCUCCUUUGCCAUGUCCCAUCUCAUGAGGCACAGCAAGCCUGGGAUGUUCUCCAUUGGGCAGCUUCCAGACUGACCUGCUGCAGUUCCUUUGACGUUCUCCAAACCCCACUUGUAAACUCAACUGCCCCAUGGCUCUGGGCUCUCCCCCACAUGCCCAGCCUGCUCAGCCCUGCUCUGGACAUUGUGGUCCCAUCAGGGCUUUGUGCUGGGUUCCUGCAGCCAGUUAACCCCCUUGGGACAGAGAAAUGAAGCAAGAAUGGAGGUUACAGGGCAAAAAGGCCGAGGCUGGAUUUGGCACCCCACUGCUGUGGCUCUCCCUGUCCUUCCCUUGGGCUCUGCCCUCACCUCUGCCUGGACUGGAGCUUGCUCAGGCUGGGCCUGCAUGGAUGCAAGGCUGGAGAGGAGCCAGCAAGGCAGGGAGCAGCCAGAGUCACUGUGGCAGGAGCAGAGGGGGACAGGGUUGCACACUGACCUUGCACAAGUCCCUGACUCCCCCUGUGCUGGAAGGACAAUCCUGCAGUGGAUGAUCUUGCACAAUCUCAUCUCCUGGAGGGUCUGGGGGCUCCACCCUGGAGUGUUUCCCCAAGGACAUUCUGCAGGCUCUUUCCUCUGUCUCUCCUGUUCAAGAGGGGCUGGUAAGGCCCUGGUCUCACACUGGAGCUCCCCUCCAUCUCUCCUAUGGCCCACUGGACCAUCCCCUGCUCUGUCCUGCCCUGUGGAAUGGCCAAGGAGACCCCAGGAUGGGUGUUUCUGCCUCACACACUCUCCUUUCCCCUUUGUCACAGAAGAAGCAGCACUUGAACUCAAAUUUAAGGAUUUCUCCAUGUGAUCCCACAGCACUGAACUGGGAUCUUGGAGGCCAGGGGCUCCAGGACCUGCCCCAUCAAGCACAGACCAUUUCCCCUCUGCUUUUUCCAACCAUGGUGAUACCUUGAACUGCCCCAGCUCAUCUGCCACCAACCCUUGCUCCAGGCACUCUGGCUGGAGCGAGGGGAUCCCUCUGCAUCUCUGCAUCAUGAAAGACAGGAAUUUCUGUAUUGAUUUGGUGGGGGAAGGGGAGGGUUGCCUUUUUUUUUGGGGAAAAUUCCAUCCUGCUGGCUUGCCUUGUUGGAGGGUAAAUGGUACAUGUGUGUGAGUGUGUGUGUCUGUGUGUCUGUCUGUGUGUGUGAGAGUGACCCUGCCAGGACAGUCCCUGCUCCCUGGGAGUGUGGCUGAGCCCUGCACAGCCAGGACUGGUGGCCGUGCUGAGGAGAGGCUCCCAUCCAUCCUGUGUGACCUGUGCAGGCCAAAAGUGCACAGAGAGCUCAGCACCCAGUGGCAUACAGCCACGGGGGUCUGCAGGAGGUGCCUCCCACCCCCCAGGCCUGUCUUGGAGGGGUUUUUACACUCAUUCCUCAGCUGGUUUGGCUGGAGGGGCUCUGUGUGUGUGGCUGUCUCUGGGAAGUGUUUGGCUGUAGCCUGGUGUUGCACCUGUGUGCUCUGAGAUCUCCAGUGCCUUCCCUGCUGCCAUGGCUGGAGGGGGCACCCAGGGUCAGACCUGCCUUGCCUUUGCCCCCAACACCUCCCUGUGUGCAGGCUGAAAGGGCCUGUUCAGUAUUCCAGGGCUGAGUGACCCGUCCUGAGCCUCUCCUGCUGCUGUGUGCAGGCUCUCACAGCCCAUGGAGGGAGGGAGCUGGUGCUGGGGCAUUGCUGUCCUGAGGCGGGGGGUUUGAAGGGAGGAGAGCCCUGAUUUAGGAAUAGCGUUCUCCCAUUUAGUGCUCCUACCAAAACCCCCAUCCCCAGCAGGGUGGAGAGAGGAAUUGGAGGCACAAAAGAUGAAGAUCACAGGUUGAGAUAAGAGCAAUUUACUGCAAACAGCAGUGAGAUAAAAAAAACAAACAGGAAGACAGCAGCAAUGUUAAUAAUAGAAGUAUAGAAAAGAGAGAAUGAUUCACAUGCAGAGUGCUCACCCUGACCUGACCACAGCCAUAUUCUACUGACCAGAGUAGACCUCUCCUCUGAGGAGAAGGAAUGGAUGCUCCCCUGUGUGUGUCCAUGGCAUCAGUACAUUGUGACCAAGCCUUACACUGCUGUGGAUCUGCUGGGCCAGCCUUGGAUGCACAGCCCAGUGCUGCUGUGCCCCCCUGGCUGCAGGCAGGGCCCUCUGGGUGCUCACUGCUCACUGCUGCAGCUGUGGAGGUGCCUUCAGGGGGAUCAGAAAUGACAUUAGCCCUGUUGUUCUGUCUGAGCACAUGCCCACUGGAAGCUGGGCUGGCGUUUAUCCCUGAAGAAUCCCUGCAGUUGUUGUUUUUCCUCUUAGCUCACACAGCCAUGCUUCUGGGGCAGAAGUGGGUUUUCCUUCCCAAUUCCUCCUGUCCUCUCUCUGUCCUCAUGCAGGUAAAACCAUAGGAUGCCUUGUGGUGUGCCAGUUGCUCCCAGCAGCAGAGGCUCUGGUCUGUACUGGUGUGACAGGGCACAUUUCCUCAGUCCACAGCCCUAGACUGGAGAAUAAGUCCAGUCCUAAACUGGAACUGAGCUGCUCCAGUUUGGACAGUCUUUUAACACAGCUGAGACACAGGUUG